ACUUGGAAGCAAAACCGGUUACUUCCGCCUGCAGCUCCCGCAAAACUCUAUCAGCGGGCACCCAUGGGCGACCCUGAAGAUUCGUGAGGAGGAGGAACAGGAUAGCAGGCAGGGUAUCAUCCGAAGAAUAGAAGCAGUGGUAACUCAAGGAGGAAUCAGGAGAGAGGAAUUGAGCAAUGGCAAACAGUCGCGAUGUUCUAAUCGCUGCCGUAAUUCUCUGCUCAUGCUUUGUUCGAAUCCGGUGCGAUGCGAUCUCUGUCUCUCCGUCGCACGAGCAAGAACAGGAAGUUCAGAUGCUCAGAUCCAAGGUCGCGUCUUUAGAAUUAAGUUCUUCGGCUUUAGAGGAUGAGAUCAGCAGGAGGAAGGAGGAGACCUUGCAGCUGGAGAGUGUUGUCAGGGAGAGGACGGCACAGAUGGCAGCAUUGGUAGGCAAACUAGAAGUUCCGCAGAAGGUGAAUGUGGCUGACGAUGAAUCAGUGAUGAAGGCAAGCAAACAUAACGCAGCGCUUCAGAAGCAGAUUGAGAGGCUGGGUAGUGAUUUGGAAGAUCAAGUUCGGAAAGGGGAGUCAUUAGAAGUCCGGGCUACGGAAGCUGAGGAAACCUCGCAUGAACUUAGGUGCAAGUUGGAGAGUGUUGAGAAGACCAAUAUUGAGCAGAGGAAGAAACUUCGGGAGCUCGAAGGCAAACUUCAGCAUGCACAGGAUGAACUUGCUGAAUUGGAAAAAGAAGAAAAAUCGAAGGCUGAAGAAUUGGAAAAGGUUCAUGGAAUGUGGCUUCCACAUUGGCUCGCAGUGCAUGUUGAUUUAGCAUCUGCCAAAUGGCAUGUCCAUGGGAAACCUGUAUUUGAUCCUCCGAUUCAAAAGGUUGCUGAGAAAUUGUCAUAUGCUCGUCAAUUAAUGGAGCCACACUUGCAGACCAUACAAAAUAAAUUGGUUCCUAUCGCCAAAGUACAUAUCAACUCACUUUGGAAUACUACCGCGUCAUAUGUAUCGGCAGUGGCUACCAAGAGUACCGCAGCAUACAGAGUCUGCAGAGACGCUAUGCAACCAUGUAUGAUCAAGGCAAAAGAAUCUUCGUAUCAUCAUUGGCAGGAAUCCAAGAAGUUCACCCAACCGUACAUCACCCAGAUUGUUGCAGCAUCCGAACCUCAUCUGUCUAGAGCAAGUGUGGUUCUUGAACCUUACUUGAUGCCCGUAACAUCCAUUUGGAGAAGGCUUGUUGCGUCGACAAGCGUAUACCAUCGUCAGGUUCAGAGAGGAGUCAAGCACUACAUGGACGACAACGAGCUGCUGAAACCGCUUUCAACUGAUAGGCUGGCAUGGGCCACGGCAUCCGCUUUGUUUGUGCUGCCGAUGUUCUCCAUCUACAAGAUUUUGUCAGCCGCUUUCUGCAAGAAAAUUCAGGCAACGCAGGGCAGCGGUAGGAGCGGACCUUCGAACCGCAAGCACAAGCGCAGAGCCGACAUGUAGUUGUGAGUCUCUCAACCACUUAGCCAUCACAAGCUGUUUCUCCCGGAUGUCGAAGCCGAACAAUGGAAGGUUUCAAGCUUCUUCCUUCCUGGGCAGUUAAUUCCAACCCAUCGGACGCAAGCUCUUCCAUGCCAUUCAGUUUCAGAUACCGGCAGCUCUGCGUGUAGACCGAGAGCCGAUAGGCACACGGCGAUCGCAUGUUCUCUUCCUUGUUUGACACGUACGGUGUAUAUCAUCUGGUUUUGUGGAGUUC